AUGACUCGAACUAAACAACAACCAAAUGUUGUCAAAACUGAACCAAUCGAUAUCUCAACUUCUGACACUCUUGAUACCAAUCAAAUCCUCGCACUUCUCGAACAAAAUUUGCCAGCUGGUCUAAUCGCCGCAAAAUCCACGGCAUCAAAUCAACAACCAGAACAAGAAGUUCAUCUAACUCCAGGCAAAGCUUCGGAAAUACUUUUCGCUGCUGGUGUCAGACCGCAUAAGAAAACAUCGGAAAUUUGGGAACAUUACAAAUGUUUGAAUGAAAAACAGAAUGUUGAGUGUAUUUAUUGUUGGAAGGUGUUGAAAAGAAAUGAUAGUAGUACGAAAAGUAUGUGGGGACAUAUGAAUGCCUAUCAUCAAGAUAUUUUGAAAGAAGGGUCGACGAAAAAAAAGUUGAAAAGAAAUGCGGCACUUUGGGAUAUGGAUGAGGUAAAAACAAUGAAUGAUGAGAAAGGGAGUGGGGUGAUAGAAAAAUAUGGGUUAAAAUUUGGGAGAAGUAUUAUAAAUCAUAUCAAUAAAAUCCAAAAAGUUUAAUUAUUUCAGACACCAACUCAACCGUAUGUGAAACGAGUACGCGGGGCCAAUGGUGGUCAUAAUCAUCACAGUUCAAACAAUUCGAUGUCGGAUCAAAAACCAUCGAUGAUUGAUUCGAUGGCUUUUGCAUUGCAACAAUUACAACAAAGUGGAAGUUUAGGAGAUGUGAGUUUUUUUGGAUUUUAUUCAGAGGAGGGACCUUUUAAAUUUUGAGAAUUUUUAAAGCAAAAAUUUAGUUUUUUUUUUACUCGAUUGAUUUUUUUGAUAUUAUUUAAAACAAUUAAAAAUCGAACUAAAAUUUAGCAUAAGUUAAAUUUCAUGUUUUUUGAAACAUAAUUAAAUUGAAAUUUCAAAUUCCAUGUGGAAUUUUGGCUAAAAUUCAAAAAUUUUCUCAAAAAUUCAGAAAAAUCUCCAAAAGGUUACAGUACUCGAAAAUCGACGUCAUAACUUUUUUUGGGAGCCAUAAAAAUUUUUUAAAUUAAAUUUUUUAAUAACCUUGAGAGCGUCUUAAAAAAUCAAAUUUAUUAAUUUUUUUUGCAGUUCAACACAUCGUUCAACUUCCUCGAUUCCCUUCCAAAAUCAUCAGAAAUCAUAAACAUCAGUGGCGGAUUCAAUGGCCCAACCUCAACAAAUUCCCAACAAAAUGAUAACGAUGAAGAUGAUAAUGAAAAUCACGCAGAAGCUGCAUCUUCAUCUUCAGCUUCAGCUGAUAAUGAACCACAUACACGAAAUACAGAUACACCAGAUGCAGCAACUCCUCAAACACCAACUUCUUCGAAUGGAGGAACAAGUUUUGAAAAUGGAAGUGAUUUAGCUGCAUUAGUUAGUAAUUUGGCAUCAACAAAUCCAAUGAUGUUAGCAAUGUUAAAUGCAGCAAAUGGAACUGGAUCAGGAUCAGCAGAUAAUCAUACAUCAACUGAUAAAUCUUCAGCUGAAUCACCAGAUCUUGAAAAAGAUCCAUCCUCAUUUUCACUUUCUGAUGGACCAUGUGCUGCUGUUUUAAUGUCAAUGGCACUUGAUUUAGAUAUGACAAUGUCAUAUCAUCGAAGAAGAGUUGAUAUUGAAUUAUGUUUUGAGAGUAAUCGAACGGCUGAAAAAUCGGGUGGACGUGGAAAAGUGAUUUGUUUAACUGAUAUGGGAAAAGAAAUUAAGUGAGUUUUUGUGAAUUAUUGGAAACAUUGUUUUUUGGAGGAGUUUAUCACAAAAUUCAAAACAAACGCCUGUUUUUUUUUCUUAUUUCUAUAAACUAAUUUUUUUCAGAAUCGUUGAACGUGUAAAUGGUGCAGUUAGCGGAACUGAACUUUGGACCAAAACCGAUUUCAAUCAAUUUCAUUGGGCAAUUCGAGGAAAGUGUCAAAAAUGCUUCAACAAGCCAUAA